CUGCAUUCCCAUUGAUCCCCCAGACCGACCGCUUCACACGUCCAGUCUCGUUUGAGUGCCGGAAGUCAGUAACAAAUUUACCUACGUCAUUCCCGAUCUUCCACCUUUUAAGACUGCGCAGAAGGAUCUGGGAGCCCUCGACAUUACCAAGUUGACCUUCAACUAUGUCUGCGGCUCGACGCAUGUCUUCAACGAAUUUCCGGCCAUGUUCCUCCAAUGCAUCAAGCUAUUUUGGUAGAUAUCAACAAAGACAGAUCACGUGGGGAUUACCAAUCAUUAUCUUUUCUUAUGUCCAGUCUAGAUACCUAAUCUACACUCUGUUGCGCUCAAAACGCACAAGUCCUCGCGACGAUGACACUGUAUAGGGUACAAAUCGCGCGGGAAAGCCGCCCAUCAGGGAUGUGCCAUCAUCA